CGAAUAAGUUCGAACACUUUAGGUACCUCUACCACACUUCGUAAAAUUCCCAAGUACAUUGGUACGGGCCAUAACCACAAGUCCUGACCUGAUUAUGUAAACCAACACCCCCUUACUGAGAAAGUCGAAGAUUUCAAACCGCCGGUCGAUGACAGAACUCAGGGUUGAAUCCUCAUAUGCCAAGAAGUGAAGACGCACAGGGACGCAGUGGGGUGGCCAUUUGCCCCCCCUCGAGCCGCAACCUGCGCAAGUGGAAAGAAAGUAAGUCAUCAAAGAGGACGCAACCGGAUAGCGCUAAUAAGAAUCGAACCUAAACUCUUUGGUAGCCCUCCAAGCCCAUGUCCUGCCAAGGCUACCACCAAUCUACUAGUGUAUGUAGGUCCGAUCUGCAAGGCCGCGUUGCAAGGGGCCGGGCGGCAACGCUAAGCCAAAUAUGCGCGCCGAAGUAUGCACAUGUGUGCCCAUGAUGUGCCAAUGAAGUGCCAACUGUCAAUGCUCUUGGCCCCCUCCCUAUCUUAGACUCUCUACCCCUCCAUCACUCUGCCGCUGCAGUAAUUAUAUGGCCGUCAUUCGCAACCGAGUUGGCUGCUCAAUGGCCUGACAUAUCACCAACCAACGCAUCAGAACUCUACCCGACAUUCAUACUUCUCACAACCCUUAGGAACUUGUGGAAUCAUCACCGCAUCAUGGCCUCCUCAGCUCUCCCUCCGAACGGCCGCCUCGUCAACAUUGGCACGCACUCUCUGGCCCUCUACACUCACGGCCCAGAACCCAGCAGCCCAGAAGAGCCCGUCGUACUGUUUGUCUCGGGCGUGGCGAGCGAUGCUCUCAACUGGCAAGCCGUCGUGCGGCUACUCCCCCCGGUACGAAGCUACACGUACGACCGUUCCGGGUAUCGCAACUCGGAAUCAUCGCCGCUCCCCCCGUCGGCCGAGAACGUCGUUCUAGAGCUCUCCUUCCUGCUCGAGAAAGCUCCCAUCUCGAACCCUCUGAUCAUCGUGGGCCACUCCUGGGCCGGCGUGCUUAUACACGAGUUCAUCGCCCUCAAGGGAGUUAGCCAGAUCGCUGGUCUGGUCCUUGUCGACGCCAACCACGAGACGGCGCCGCUAGUGAUGGACGUGAACGAUCCGACCCUCUGGGCCGUUGCCGCGGGCGUUGAGCCAUACUCUGCCUGGGGCGUCGAGGCGGAGCACAAGUUGACGCAGGAAGAGUGGGACGCCUUCAGGGCCGCGGAAACGACCGAAAAGUUCAAGCUGAUUGAGAAGAAAGAAGAGUUCGAGCAAUACAUUCCAAGCUUCGAAACGCUGCGCAAGAAGGAGCUGAGUAAGAAGCAGCCCCUGCUUGGGGACAAACCGGUCUAUGUGAUUGGGGGCAUGCGAAGCAGGGAUUGGAAUGGGUUGUACAAGGCGGGUGUCGCGAAAGGGAAUGGAACCGAGGAGCAGAGGAAGUAUGUUAGAGAGUUGAUCGAGGCGGUCGAUGAGAAGAAUGAGCGUCUCCAGAAGGAAUUCCUCAAACUCUCUACCAAGAGCGAGCUCGUCUUUGCAACCGAGAGUGGACACUUUGUACAGAUGACUCAGCCAGAUGUUGUUGUCGGUGGAGUGAAAUGGGUGCUAGAUAACUUGCCGGCAUCUUCUUAGUUGCCAUAUAUGAAUACUAUGUAGACAUGUGUAUAAUUUAAGAAACGCCUACAACUCUAAACUUUCACAAGGCUAGAGAAGUAGAUUAUAGUGAGCAAGCAAGGACACGUCGAGCAACCAGAGUAGGAUGGUUAGAAAGAAUUAUAAUUAGAUACUUUCUUUAAAGCCCAUUAAUUAGAGUAUACCUUAAGUGCCCCUUUAAA